AUGGAACUGCCCCAGGAGAUUGCUCCAGGUGAUCCAAAGGAACUUCAAAUCAUCCUUUCUUAUACCGGCAAGUUUCGCAGCGAUUUGACUGGGCUCUACCAGGCGAGCUAUGAGACAGAUGACGGUGUGAAGCAUCGCAUUGCGGCCACAGCCAUGGAGCCGACAUAUGCGAGGGAGGUCUUCCCUUGUUUCGAUGAACCUAGCGUGAAAGCCGAGUUCACCCUCUCCAUCGUGGUAGAUGAGUCCUUCGUCACCGUUUCAAAUAUGCCCGUGGAAAAGUCAGAGACCUUGUCUUCAUCUAAGAAGCUUGUAACCUUCCGGAAGAGCGUUUCCAUGUCGACAUACCAUGUCGGCUUAGUAGCGGGACCCUUGGCCGAGGUGAAAUGCACCGACAGCAGGAUCCCCAUAUCUGUCUUUUGUCCUCUUGGCAGUGAAGAACAGGCGACCUUUGCAGUGGACCUCGCAGCCAAAGGCCUUCAGUUCUUCGAAGACUGCUUUGAGCUGCCGUACCCGUUGCCAAAGCUAGACUUGAUUGGAGUUCCCGAAUUCUCGACGGGCGCAAUGGAGAACUGGGGAGCCAUCAUCUUCAGGACUACAAACCUUUUGCUUGACCCGGAAGACUCUGCUCUAGAUACCAAACAGAGGAUUGCAGAGACUAUCCUCCAUGAGAUUUCUCAUAUGUGGUUCGGUAACCUGGUUACAAUGAGAUACUGGGAUGGGCUGUGGCUGAAAGAAGGUUUCGCUACAUUGAUGUCCUGGUACGCCGCGGACAAGAUGUUUCCCAGCUGGCAUUUUUGGGAUUCCUAUGUCGCCAACACCCUUCAGAAAGCCCUCAGUCUCGACUCCCUUACCAGCAGCCAUUCAGUUGAGCUAUUUAUUUCGGACUCGACCGACGCGAAGCAGAUCUAUGACGAAAUCUCUUAUCAAAAGGGCUCAUGUAUCCUCAGGAUGGUUCUUAACAACCUGGGCGACACCAAGUUCUUCGAGGGCUUGAAGCUCUAUCUUCGACGUCACCAGUUCCAGUGCACGGAGUCGGAUGACCUCUGGAAGGCCUGGGAGGAGGUCACUGGGGAAUCUAUCGCAACGAGCAUGAGGGUCUGGACCAAACAGCCUGGCUUCCCUGUCCUUCGAGUCUCUGAAUCUCGUGACGAGAGUGGCAAGGUAACAGGUGUUCGACUCUUCCAGCAGCGCUUCUUGACCAGCGGUGUGGCAAAGCAAGAGGAUGCGGUAUCUGAUACAAUCUACCCGCUCAGAUUUGCAAUCCGGCACAGGCAGGAUUUCGAGACAGUUGAUAUGAACACAAGGGAGUUGGUCCUUUCUCCCUCCAGCGGCCUAUUCAAAGUCAACGCGGACCAUGGUAGCUUCUUCCGCACCUCUUACUCACACGAACUACUUACCCGUCUCCUCGAAGAGGCAUCAAAAGGCAGCCUCAGCCUGCGCGACUGUAUCGGAUUAUCGUGUGACCUCAAGGCUUUGGUUGCCGCAGGAGUGAACAAGACAAGCGAACUUCUCGACCUCAAUGUCAAGUUUGCUGAACUGGACUCAUUCUAUGUAUGGGAGAUGAUUGACCGCAAUCUCAGGUCCAUCCAGUCUGUCUACAAGUUUCACGGGCCUGAGCUGAAUGAGGCUCUUCGUAAACUAACUAGCGAUGUGAUCGGCCCCAAGGCUGAGGAACUUGGGUGGACUAUCUCAAAGGAUGAUGACGAGAAUCUUAUCACGUUCAAAACAUCAAUGUUUAGCGGUGCGGGCCUCGCAGGAUACCCCAGUGUCGUGUCAGCUGCAAAGGAACUCUUUUCGAAGCGCAUGGCUGGCGACGAGAAUGCAAUCCCAGGAUCCUUACGAUGGGAGGUUUUUGGAAUCAUCGCAGCCCACGGCGGUCUUGAAGAACUCAAAGGUCUGGUUGAGCUUUGGAAGAAUUCAUCCAACGAGGACGAGCAGUAUCUUGCUCUGGAGUGUCUCGGACGAGCACCCAACGCUGAGCUCAUGAAGUGGGUUCUCAGCCACCUACUGACUGCCACUGUCAAGAAUCACGACAUGUUCUACCUCACCUGGCUGGCGGGAGGUACGGCUCACGGGGCAAUCGAGCUUUGGGAGUGGACCAAGCAGAACUGGGAGAGGGUUGAGAAGGAGGUCCCGGUGGACAUCUCGUCUUUGUUCCUUGGAACUGCUCUCGAGGGUUUGCAUACCAAGGAGCAGAUUCAAGACGUGAAAGAGUUUUUUGCCAGGCGCGAUACGAAGAGCUAUCAGAUGGUGCUUGACCAGAACUUGGAAGGCAUGGAGAAUCGGAGGUCCUGGGCUGAACGUGACAUCUCCAAUGUUCGCUCAUGGUUGGAGGGCCAUGGCUAUCUACAAGCUAAAUUCGUCUGA